AUGAAUUCAUUUUCCAAGACAAAACAGUUUGACAACGCAAUCCAUUGUCUGUCACGCGAAUCAUCUUCAGAAACACAUAAUAAUCGAGUUGCUGCUUGGCGUACACGUCGAAACGAAAAUGAGAAUGAAAUAGAACGGAAGAUACGAUUACAUAGAGAACGUGAUGCAAAAUCUACCGAAAAAAAAAAUAAAAACCAAUUAGAGUCUAUUACAGAACAUGAUACUCGUUUAAAAAAUGAAGCAUCUGCUAAAAAGAAUGAACGAGAAAAUCGAAAAAUGAAUGACACAAUAGAAAAUCGUAUGCAACAACUCAAUCGGAAAGCAAAACGAAAGAGCGAAUUAAGACGUGCUCAAAGUUUGGAAGAAACAGACGAAGAAAUUAAGAAAAGAUUGGAAAGCGAAGCCAUUAGUCAAAGAACUCGACGACAAAUUCGAAAUUUAGAAGAAACAGAAGAAGAGAAUAACAGAAGAUUGGAAAACGAAGCAAUUAGCCAAAGAAUUCGACGACAAAUUCGAAUGUUACAAGAAACAAAAUACGAGUACAGUAACAGGCUAAACAAGGAAGCAUUUAUUGUAGCAAACCGACGACGUAAUCGAGAUCUGCAAGAAAGUACAGAAAUUCGAUUAACAAGACUAGCAACAGAAGCAACAUCAAGGGCAAGUUAA